UUCUAAACGACUAGAAAUGUCAAUCUGAGCAAGGGAGUCCCAAUAAUCUAAAGCAAUCUGUAAGGACCUGACCUUAGUCCAUCCAGAUCAAUAGGGAAGUGCGGGUGGAGAGAAGAAGAAGGGAAAAGAAAUAAGGGGCGCAACCGGAUCGUUUACACUGGCUGUUCCCGAGGAAAUAUAGACUUCCCCUGCUCGCACCUUUUGUCGCUCACAUGCUCACACUGUAAAAGUGGAUAUCGAGGCAAUUUCAUUGCUUUGUGUGAGCGCCGCAGACUUUUCCCCCCUUUUCCUACCGCCAUGUCUUUCCCUCAGCUGGGAUAUCAGUACAUCCGACCGAUAUACCCGCCGGAGCGCCAGGGGAUCGCGAGCAAUGCGCGAUCCGGGACGGAGCUCAGCCCGUCCGGCGCACUUUCCAACGUCCUCUCCACUAUGUACGGAUCCCCCUUCGCCGCCGCGGCGCAGGGCUACGGAGCCUUUCUCCCCUACUCAAACGACAUAUCUAUUUUCAACCAACUGGGUGCUCAGUAUGAACUGAAAGACAGUCCUGGUGUCCAGCAUCCUGGCUUUGCCCACCAUCACCCUGCGUUUUACCCAUACGGCCAGUAUCAGUUCGGUGACCCGUCCAGACCCAAAAAUGCCACCAGGGAGAGCACCAGCACCCUGAAGGCCUGGCUCAGUGAGCACCGCAAGAACCCCUACCCCACCAAAGGCGAGAAGAUCAUGCUGGCCAUCAUCACCAAGAUGACCCUCACCCAGGUGUCCACCUGGUUCGCCAACGCCAGGAGGAGGUUAAAGAAAGAGAACAAGAUGACCUGGGCCCCGCGGAACCGCACCGACGAAGAGGGAAAUGUUUACACCAGCGAUCACGAGGGGGAGGAGGGGGACAAGAGGGAGGACGAGGAGGAGAUCGACUUGGAGAACAUCGACACGGAAAAUAUUGAGAACAAGGACGACUUGGACGACCAGGACGACCUGCACUCUGACAUCAAACUAGACGGACGCAGUGACUCUGAGAUUUCGGACGGCUAUGAGGAUUUACAAGGGCCGGAGCAGAGGUUUCUAAAGGCUGUGGGGAAAGAGGGCAAAGAGGGACAGAGGGGAGGAGAGCACUUCCACCACCACCACCACCUCCACCACUCUUCUCCUUUGGACAUCAAAGCGUCCCAGCCCAACGGAGAGCAGCUCAAACUCAACCCGGUGUCCGCGGGCUCGCCGCCCUCCGAGAACAGCCCGGCCCCGACCCAGAAGCCAAAGAUCUGGUCUCUGGCGGAGACGGCCACGGCCCCGGACAACCCGCGCAAAUCGCCGCAGAUGAACGGCGGACACUCCGCGGGGCCGGCCGCCCAGACCCUCAUCGCCCCGCACAGACUCAUCUCCUCGUGUCCCGUUGGGAAAAUCCAGAACUGGACGAACCGGGCCUUUUCCGCGCACCAGCUGGCUUUACUGAACUCCAACCACUACCUGGGACUGGCCAACCAGGCCACGGCCACCGGCCUGGCCCUCUACAGCAGCAGGCAAACGGAGGACAAAAGUCAUAGUUCAGACACUCCAGUCACAGGUACAUGUCCCCGACACUGAGACGCGCAUGUGUACAUAACUCCCCCCAAAAACUAAAACGCUUCUCCAUCCUUCGUUUUUCGUUUAUUUUGACUUUAGACCCCCCUUUUCUUCGUCUUUGCCUCAUGGAUUUAAUUUUUUUUCUUUAAAUGCCUCACAGAUGAUCAGUGUUACAAUAUUAGAGUUUAAA